AUGGAGAACUCGGCCGUGGAGAUGAUCAGCAGCUUGGAGCGACAAAACGCCCAGCUGCAGGCCGAGAACAACCAACUUCGAGCACUGCUGGAAUGCCAUGGCAUCGAAGUCGAUAUCACGACUGCCACGCAGCAGUCUCCCAUCGAGACCAACGAGGACUUUGUCGGUGAUGAGAAUCCCACCGACAUCGAGACCUCAGAUUCCGCCUCCUGCACAAGCAGCAGCUGCAGCGACGACAUAUCCUCUGAGUCCAGUGCAUCCACAUAUGCCAGUAGCUUCUCAGACACCACCAGCAUCUGUGGCAACGAAUGGACUUUUGAGCCGUCCACAGAUGACUGGACAACAGGAGCGGAAUCUGCUCCUCAAGAAGUGAACAGCAACUGGGACAACUCCACACCGGUUGCCCCUAUGAUUCAACAGCACAAGCAGGUCACUCCUGCAGAUACCUUUUUUGAAGAAAGCGAGCUUGCUAAGCGUACAAGACUGGCUGACGACUUCGACAAGACAAAUGCUGUCUUUGUCAGGAUUCCGAGCACGAGGCUGAAGCACUUCCUGACAAAAGCUGUCGACCACGCUCAAGAAGUCAUUUUCCGAAGCUUCAGCAAACUCGCACCAGAGGAAGCUCCACGAAACUGGGACGCACCUGCCUUCGUCAGCUUCGCUCGAGGUGAUCUUCAAGCUCUCCCGGAAAGCAUACCAUUCGGGACCAACACAAAAUUUGGCGACAGCUUCGAUGCAGAUAUCGAAGUUGUUAGCUCGGCGAUCAUUGAGACAUACGACGUCCGGAACGCCGCCGCUCACCUGGGAUAUCUCACAUCCUGGGCAGUAGACGAACUGCUCACCCGGGUUCAUCGCCUCGCCAUCGUCAUGCAAGACGAAGGCGCUGCAGUCAAGAUCCGCAAACUCCGUGAUCAACUGCAAAUGGAAGCCCAGCAGGGUCUUGAAAAAAUCAAGGCAGGCUGGCAAGAUGGCACACGACCACCAAAGCACAUCGAGCGAACGUUCGAAGACUGCUUGUGUGCCAAGCCGACAGAGUGGAGCAAAUUUCCACAAGUCAUUCGGGAGGCCGCAGAGGCCUGGAAGCAGAUGUAUGAUGAGUCUCACUCGACUAAGCGAUCUGGCUUCAUCUACCACUACACGACGGUCAUGGACAAGACCGGAAAUUGUGUCAAGUGGGCGGUUGCAGCGCUCGAUAGUGCGCAGCAGUUCACCCAAGACAUGAACGACAAGUACAACCGCCCUUAUCGUGUAGAAGCGGCACGUCAACGUGAGAUCCGCUGGUGA